UAUGUGUUAUACAGGUUCCCGUGCAGCUGUCGGGGUUUUGGUGGUCAGCGGGCUCAGACCGAAAUAAAACACACACUAUGUAUUGGGCUCUCCCCAAUAACAUGCUCCAUUAAAUGCAAUGCAAACGCCGAAAAACCUGGAAAUUUUUGUUUUUACCGAGCGACUGGAGAGUUGGCGGGGUUUCGCGUGUUUUUGUAGGCACGGAGCGGGGGGUGCGGCCUAGCAGACACCGCGGACCUGAGGAGCAUUCGCGGCCUUACAGACGAUUAUGUGCUUAUUUUAUUUUUGGGAAUAAACAUGCAUGGUACCCGGUACUAAAGAAGGGCUAAAUCAGAUGAUGAUAACUAAAGGUUGAUCUUCUUCACCAAGUCAACCAAGUCCACUAUCCUACACAAACGCACCUUGGGCGGAUACUCGCAUCCCUGUGCGCCAAAGAGCAUUCCCGAAGGAACAAUUCGAUUUUUCUUCAGCUGUCGUUUUCACAAGAACUGUCAAAAUAAGUUCCUCUCUGCCUCCCCACGUCUCCCAUCGUGGGCAGUCCAAUAAUCCCUUCCCCCUGGAUUCACACGGUAAGAGGUCCAACUACGGCACAAAGCUGAAUCCGUACACCAGAGCCCGUAUGACGGAGGCGUGGCAGCAGCACUCUGUUGCCCCGCCUCCAGUGGUGCACACCAUACCUCCAGGGGCGGACGCUCUGGGAUGCGCCGUCUAUGGCAUCGUCCUUGACACGGCGCUCCAACAGCAACAGUCCCAGCAGCAGCAACAACAACCACAGCAGCAUCAUGGUCAGCAGCAGCACAACCAACAGCAGCAUCCGGCGCAAGCGCAGCAGCCCUCGCUUCACGUAGGCAACGAGGGCGGGCACAAGUGUGGCGCGUGUGGCCAUGACAUCUCUCAUCUGGCUAAUCCACACGAGCACCAGUGCAUGGUUAGCCAAGAUCGGUCUUUCCAGUGCACGCAGUGCCUUAAGAUCUUCCACCAAGCCACUGAUUUGUUGGAACACCAGUGCGUGCAGGUGGAGCAGAAACCCUUUGUGUGUGGAGUGUGCAAGAUGGGAUUCUCCCUGCUGACCUCUUUAGCACAGCACCACAAUGCCCAUAACAGCACUAACCCUAUGAAGUGCUCCAUAUGUGAAAAAACCUAUCGACCAGGUUCCUCUGGAAAUGCCACGCCCACUUCGUCCACCAGCAAUGCAGGGCAGCCGGCGAACGAUGAAGCGUCGUCCAGCGGCAGCGCUGCCGUUGGGACGUCCGGCCAACCUACUUUCGAACCUUCACAGCCUGAGAAGCCCUACAAGUGUUCUGUGUGUUCCAAAGGAUUUCGUCAUUUGUCCGAGCUGACCCGUCACGAGCGCGUCCACACAGGCGAGAAGCCGUUUAAAUGUGAAACGUGUGACAAAAGCUUUAGCCAAUCCUCUCACCUGGCCCACCAUCAGCGCACGCACAGCUCCGAACGGCCGUUUAAGUGCGCAGUGUGCGAGAAGAGCUUCAAGCAUCGCUCUCACCUCGUGCGGCACAUGUACGCCCACUCGGGCGAGCACCUGUUCAAGUGCAACCUCUGCGAGUUGCAUUUCAAAGAGUCUUCCGAGCUUCUGCACCACCAGUGUCAGCCGCAGGGCGCCCGACCGUUUCGCUGCGCCACGUGCGGGAAGGGCUUCAAGCGUCCGUCCGACCUGAGGCAGCACGAGCGUACGCACUCCGAAGAACGGCCGUUUCAUUGCGAAGAUUGCCAGAUGAGCUUUAAACAGCAGUACGCCCUGGUGCGGCAUCGGCGCACGCACAAGGCCUCCGCCGACCGCCCCUUCAAAUGCAACCUGUGCGACAAGGGCUUCCUGCAGCCGUCCCACCUGUUGUACCAUCAGCACGUUCACGGCAUGGAUAACCUCUUCAAGUGCGCCUCCUGCGGCAAGGGCUUCAGUCAGUCUGGUGAGCUUCUGCGUCACAAAUGUGGCGAGGCCUCAUCGACACCCACGAAUCCAGACAAGCCCUACAAGUGCGACGUGUGCGGAAAGGCUUACAAAAAGGCAACCACGCUGCAGAGGCAUCAGAAUUCCCACUGCACCGAGAAGCCUCUCAAAUGCUCGCUGUGUGACCGUCGCUUCCUGUCCUCCUCGGAGUUCGUGCAGCACCGAUGCGACCCGUCGAGGGAAAAACCUUUGAAGUGUCCCGACUGCGAAAAACGCUUCAAGUACUCCUCAGAGAUGCAGAGGCAUAGACGCGUCCACACCGGGGAGAAGCCUUAUAAGUGUGCUAGCUGCGACAAGGGCUUCAAGCAACGUGAGCACCUGGCCAAGCAUCAAAGCGUGCAUGCCAGAGAUGCCCAGUUUAAGUGUGUGUGGUGUGGAGAACGUUUCGCGGAUUUGGGAGCUCUUCAGGAGCAUACGGUUCAGCACACGGCCGAAAGUGGAGGCUACCCUGUGUCCUCUCUUAUUCAGUAAUCUGUUCCCCAAUCGUAAAGGUUAUAGAAAGCAUCAAAACGUAUUCCCCGGUCAAAAUUUUCCAUGUAAAUUAUACCUUGUUUUCUUUGAUGCAUACCUGUUUCAUAUAUUCAAGUAGUUAUGCCCUUUUUAUUCCCAUAAUUACUGAAUUAUUAAAUUUGAUUUGCUGUGGUUUUUAGAGAGACAACAUGUUGCGAAAAAUCAACAUAGUUAAUAGGUAAACAGUUAAAGGAUUAGUCCAUUUUCUUAAAAAAAAUCCAGAUAAUUUACUUACCACCAUGUCAUCCAAAAUGUUGAUGUCUUUCUUUGUUCAGUCGAGAAGAAAUAAUGUUUUUU